AUGGAGAUAGACAAGAACGCCAAACUCAUAAUCCUACCGACACCACCAGAUGGCGAGCACAGAGAAUACAGAAUCGUCAAGCUACCCACACCGGAUUUGACCGCAUCCAAACCCUACUUACUCCAAGAUUCCACCGUAUGCGAGCUCUCGACAAUCACCGGGUCCAACAGCGCGAUAACGUUGCCCAACAGCAACGCAGUCAAGUCCUUCCUUCUCGAGCCCCUCGACGCUUCAGUGGUGGGCGCAGUGCUCCAAUCAAGCACGACGACCGUGGCGUCCCCGUUCAAUUUCACUUACUUGAUGAUGUCACUCUUUGUCACGCAGGGGGACAAAUUUGCGACUUUUAAGAGUGUCGAUGAUAUCCGCGAUACAUUGAGCGAGAUCCUGCCUAGCCAUCGCGCCAUGAGCGAAGUUGGUGAUGCUGUCUACGUGCGGAGUCUAAGUUUGAUAUGUGACGUUAUCACGGAGGGCAAUGAGGCGUUUUACAGAUUCAACGCUGGGAAAUCCUUUGAGUGGGUGCGUGGUCGGAUCGAUGCGUUGGAGACAUAUAUCGCGGAAAAGGCUGGUAAUAGCAUAUUAAAGAAAAUCCGAGCUGAGUUACUCGAUCCCACUAGUGUUGAUCAUGUGGUUGAGUCCAGCGUGUUGCAGAAUGCAAUCUUGUGCUACGCCGUGGACUACAUCUGCGAUUCCUAUCUAGUUGCCGAUUUCAAAGCGCAGCUAGUGCAGCAUUUCAAUUUCGAUUUCAGCAAGAUGGAAACUUACUUAGCGGAGAUCAAGUCGAAGCAGAAAAAGUUGGAGGCUGUAGAGGCGAAUAUGAAUGAUGUUAAUGUGGUGAGUUCCAAUGCCACCAAGGCAGCCAAGAAACUACUACUACAACAACAGCAGCAGCAGCAGCAAGCGAAAAAGAGAGCGGGUGGCGGUAAGAAAGUUGCUGUGGGCAAAGGUGCACUUGAUGGCUUCUUUAAACGUGCCUAA